GUGCACCCGCCCGCGCUUCUCCACGGCGCACAGGCUUUCCUCCAUCGUUGGAGUGGAUUUGGGGCUCCUCACUGCUAUGCCACUGAUAGAAACAAGAAAAGAAAAGCACUAACUCUGAGCUUCAGUCGUCUGUGUGCUGGUUGCAAGUUCAGCUAACCCACCCAUGCAAGAUUUCCGAAUCGCUUCGGCGAUCCCGACGGAGACGCCAACCCAAUGCCCACCCAUGCAAGAUUUCCGAAUCGCUUCGGCGAUCCCGACGGAGACGCCAACCCAAUGCCCCCCUCACACCGCCUCUCGCUGCUUCUGGCCGUCGCCGUCGUCGUCGCCGCCACGAGUGUCCGCGUUCACGUCCACGCGCAGGGCAGCGUCCUCUUCCCCACGCCGGCAUCCACGAACGUCUCCGUCACAUGGACCGUCAGCCUCAAGGCAGACGGCCACGGCGCGCAGUCCUUCGACUACAUGGACGGCACGUCCGCGAGCGUCUUCCUCCUCCAGUCCGUGCACCCGACGCCGCAGGAAGGGCUCUGCUUCGCCGCGUGCUUCUACUGCGUCGCGCCGUGCCGGGCCUUCCUCUUCGGCGUCUGCGUCGUCUACGUCGACGGCGGCGGUUUCCUGAGCUGGCCGAACGCGGGCAGCCCGCAGGUGGUCUGGUCCGCGAACCGGGGCCGCCUCGUCCGCGAGAACGCCACGCUCAGCCUCACGGCCGCCGGCGACCUGCUGUUACGGGACGGCGGCGGCGGGGGCGUCGUCUGGUCCACCAACACCUCAGGCCGGUCGGUCGCAGGCAUGGCCGUGACCAGGUCCGGCAACCUGGUGCUGCUCGACGGCAAGAACGCGGCGGUGUGGCAGUCGUUCGACCACCCGACGGAUUCUCUGCUCCCCGGCCAGCCACUGGUGGAAGGGAUGCGGCUGGCACCAAACGCUUCCAGCACGAACUGGACGGCCAGCGGCCAGCUCUACAUCACCGUCCUCUCCGAUGGCCUGUACGCGUUCGCCGAGUCCUCGCCUCCUCAACUGUACUACCAAAUGACGGUGACCACCAACACCACAGCUGGACCUGGAGGCAGGAAAACCUACAUGGCCCUGACGAACGGCUCGCUGGCCAUCUUCGCGCCCUCCUCCUCCGUUAACGUAUCGACUCCACAGCCUGCAGACGGCGCGACCAACAAGACGGCGGCGGGCGAGAUGGAGUACGUGAGGCUCGAAUCCGACGGCCACCUGAAGCUGUACCGGUACACAGGAACGGAAGGGUGGGCUAUGGCGCAGGACCUUCUGCAGGGGCAGGUAGGCAGCUGCGCUUACCCGACUGUCUGCGGCGCGUACGGCGUCUGCGUCAGCGGGCAGUGCACGUGCCCAUCCGCGACGUACUUCAGGCAGGUCGACGACCGCCGGACCGACCUCGGCUGCGUGCCCGUGGCCCCGAUCUCAUGUGCCUCGACGCAGGACCACCGGCUCCUCGCUCUGAGCAACGUUUCUUACUUCAACUACGUGGAUACCAAGGCCGCGCUGCCUCGGAUGGUCGACGAAGAGAGCUGCAAGAAGGCAUGCUUGCAGAACUGCUCCUGCAAAGCCGCGUUCUUCCAGUACGGCGGCAACGACACCUCCCAGGGCUCCUGUUACCUGCCGACGCAGGUCUUCUCGAUGCAGGUGAACCAGUGGCAAGAAACUCACUACAGCUCUUCUGCGUACCUCAAGGUGCAGGUCACAAGGUCUCCUCCUCCUCCUCCUGUCCCUGGUCCCUCGAAUUCGAAUGGGACGGCCAUACCCGCAGGGAAAGGAAGGACUGGUGAAGCUGCCAUCGUUGGCUCCGCACUUGCGGGGGCCAUUGCUUUACUAGCCGUGAUCGUCGUUACCUCGGUUGUUCUCCGGAGGAGAUAUCGGCGUAGAGAUGACGAGGACGACGAGGAUGGUCUUGGAGAAGUGCCAGGUAUGAUGACGACCAGGUUCACGUUCGAGCAGCUGAGAGCAGCGACAGAGCAGUUCAGCAAGAUGAUCGGGAAAGGAGGGUUCGGGUCCGUUUUCGAGGGGCAGGUGGGCGACCAGAGAGUCGCCGUGAAACAGCUCGACCGAACUGGCCAAGGAAGGCGGGAGUUCCUGGCAGAGGUGGAGACGAUCGGCAACAUCCACCACAUCAACCUGGUGACGCUGGUCGGUUUCUGCGCGGAGAGAUCCCACAGGCUGCUGGUGUACGAGUACAUGCCCAAUGGGUCACUGGACAGGUGGAUCUACUCCUCCGCCGCCGCCGCCGCCGACACGACGCCGCUGGACUGGCACACGCGGCGCAGAGUCAUCACCGACGUCGCCAGGGGCCUAGCGUACCUCCACGAGGAGUGCAGGCAGCGGAUCGCGCACCUGGACAUCAAGCCGCAGAACAUCCUCCUAGACGACGGAUUCGGCGCCAAGAUCUCCGACUUUGGGCUGUCGAAGAUGAUCGGCAGGGACGAGAGCCGGGUGGUGACGAGGAUGCGAGGCACCCCUGGGUACCUGGCUCCCGAGUGGCUGACGUCGCAGAUCACCGAGAAGGCCGACGUGUACAGCUUCGGGGUGGUGGUCAUGGAGGUCGUCAGCGGGAGGAAGAACCUCGACUAUUCCCAGCCUGAAGACAGUGUCCAUCUCAUCAGCGUGCUGCAGGAGAAGGCGAGGGACGGGCGGCUGGAAGAUCUGGUCGAUGCUCGUAGCGACGAGAUGCGGGGUCUCCAUAGGGAAGGAGUGAUUCAGAUGGUGAAGCUCGCCAUGUGGUGCUUGCAGGUUGAUUACAACCGGAGGCCUCAGAUGUCGGUCGUUGUCAAGGUACUGGAUGGCGCCGUCGACGUGGAAACUGGUAUAGAACUCAACUUUGUGGCUACGGUUCCGGACAGCCUCGCCAAUAAUGGCGGGAAUCUGGCUUCGUCAACCCCGCUUCUAGCCUCGCAUUUGUCAGGUCCUAGGUGAACAUAUAUAGAGAGAUUUUUUUACAGGGUGAAUAUUUGUAUGCCCAGAGUAACCAUGUGUUCUGAUGCGCAAAAUAAUAUAUUCCGACGUAUUAGAUUUCUCAAAUGUAUCAAAAUACAAUACUCUAUUCUUUUAUUA